AUUCUAUUUCUUUAAGAUAAUGUCAAAAUUUUAAAGUUUGGCUCCGGUGAUCAGUUGUCGAAACUCCACUAUUGUAAGUAAUGUUGGUCAAAAGUAUACAUUAACGAAACUUUCUACUAUGUACAAUCAACAAAACGGGAGGGAAGACGGCGUCACAUUUUAAAAUUUUUCGUAUUUUUAAUACAAAACAGCGCUUCAUCAAAAUUUCGUGUCUUAUGAUUCCUAAAUUGUAAUUGCAUUAUUCAAGAGUACUUCGUUUUAUGACUCCAAUUUAGACACAAAACAAUUCAAUUCACAUUAAUAAAAUUUCAUCAUGGAAGAGGAACAGACUAUUAUUACCACUGAACAAUUGGAUGAAAUCAAAGAGGCCUUCAAUUUGUUCGACAUAAACGGAGACGGUGCUAUAUCAACAGCUGAACUGGGUAUUGUGAUGCGUUCGCUGGGAGAGAAUCCAACCGAAGCAGAAGUUCAAGAUUUGAUCAAUGAAAUUGAUGUUGAUGGCAGCGGCGAUAUUGGUUUCACUGAAUUCUUAAAUCUGAUGUCACGAAAGUUCUUGGACCAUGAAGAAGAAGUUCGUGAAGCAUUCAAAGUGUUCGAUAAAGAUGGCGAUGGCUUCAUAGAAUUUGAUGAGAUGAAGUUAGUGUUGGAGAAUAUGGGCUUCAAUUUAAAUGAACAUGAGUUUGAUGAUUUGAUACAUGGUGUGGAUAUUGAUCUUGAUGGUAAAAUUGACUUCGAAGAAUUCGAUGUCUUGAUGUCUGCAAAAGAUUAUAAACGUGCACAUCUUAAUUUUGACAGCGAAACCGACAGUGACAAUUAAAUUAACUUUAAAAGGACUCGAUAAACAGAGGGCCCCACGAGCAACUGUGAUUUUUUGAUUAGAAACAACAAAACUAUUAAUACUUUCACGUUUAAAUGAAAUAAUUGAAGAAAGUAGUUCGACCUUAAACAAUCUCUAUCAGCAGAUUUUGUGAAAAUAAAUCGUAAGAACUCCAGUAGGCACUAUUAAUACCUAUUUUGAACAAAAAAUCAAUUAUUUUGAAAAAUGCAUUAUUCUACGAAUAUUUUUGCUAUCAACUCCAGAAAAGAUUAAACAGAUUAAACCGAGAGAGAUUCUCUGUUUGAAAACUUCAGAAA